AUGAUUUGCUUCAGUCUGCAUGUGCUCGCUCUCUCUAUGGUUGCGUCGGUCUUGACAUCGAUGGCGACAGCCACCACGAAUACCACACUGUCCUUCCCUCUGUCCAGGAUCCCCGGCGAAUUUCAGGACUUCGAUCAGAAGUGCCGCACCUGGGCGGACGAAGGCACGUUUGUGGUGAGGUUACCUGUGCUGAUUGACCCAAAAAUUCCACGUCUGUAAAGACAAGGCAAUCUUCACGAGCACUGACUGCUAUCUAUUCGAAUUAAACGUGUUACAAGUCAAGGGGCCCGGAUCCGCUUGGAAUUCAGAACUGCGAAGUAUUGGCCUUCAACGCGACCCUCGGCACGCCUCAUAGCGAGUCGCCUAUCAAAGACCGGCUAGGGAUCGAGGCAGCCAAGUACGUCUACGAGAGCCGUUGCUUCUGCGAGCCUGCGACCCAAGAGCCGAUAAUAUGGUUCAAGAGGUACCAGAAGUGCGCGUUGUAUGGUGAGUAGUUAUUAGACAUUUAUAUUUCCGUGUUAUAUGAUCAAGCUAGGUAAUAGGAGUGCAGGAUCGAGUCUGAACAGUCUGCUUCUUGUCCGUUCGCAGGACCCCCCCAAAACGGCAUAUUUCCCAAGAAACCCCUUCCACAAAAUGACCCCCGCCCAAAUACGCUAUUGAAAGCGCGCUGUGGCCAAUGCACGCGGGACAUAACAGACCCCCGUGAGUUUGGACUGAUGAUCCCCGCGCCGUCCCGGCUUGCGUAUCCGGUUUCGCGCCCACAUCAUGAGAAGCAGGUGGGUUAGACCAUAGAAGAUAGAAAGGCUGAGUAAACCUACCACAAGGUGUAUCAGAAACUAUCGGGUGCUAGCAAGAUGGCCCAAUUGGUGUCGAAUAUAAUCAAAAGCUCAAUCAUGCGCAACCCACGAGGUGUGCCCGUUCGGCACCUUCAAUUGAACCCCCCCCCCCCCCAACCCCCCCCCCACCCAAUCACCAAUAGUCCGCUACAACCUCCACAAUCCGGGACUUUGA